GCCUGCGCAGAGCGGCGCGGUGAGGCAAGAUGGCGGACAAAGAGAAGAAGAAGAAGGAGAGCAUCUUGGACCUGUCCAAGUACAUAGACAAGACGAUCCGGGUGAAGUUUCAGGGAGGCCGCGAAGCCAGUGGAAUCCUGAAAGGGUUUGACCCCCUCCUCAACCUCGUGCUGGAUGGCACCAUCGAGUACAUGAGAGACCCCGACGACCAGUACAAGCUCACAGAGGACACCCGGCAGCUGGGCCUGGUGGUGUGCAGGGGCACCUCGGUGGUGCUCAUCUGCCCCCAGGACGGCAUGGAGGCCAUCCCCAACCCCUUCAUCCAGCAGCAGGACACCUAGCGGCGUGGCUGGGCGCACACAGGACAUGGCAGCACCCACAGGAACGGAACUUUCUUUUUGUAUAAGUCACAUUUUUGUUUUCUUAAUAAAAUUGCAAACUUCAAGUAUCCUAGAGCCUGGGGUCUUGCUCCCA